CGUGAACAUGUGUUGGCAUUUUGCCUGUCAAAAUAAAUUCAUCAUCAAAAAAAGAUAAAUUCCCACUAAAAACAACUUUAAAACGCUGUUAUUAAUAUACUGAAUCAGUGAAAUGAAUGAAACGUUGUUUUAGCCCCUACUUUGCCCCACGAUUCUAUCUAUGAACGGCUUGUUUUGAAUUUGGCCGAAAACAACCCGCAGAAAUGCCACUGUUUGGAAAGUCGCAAAAGGGCCCCGCAGAAGUAGUUAAAGCCCUAAAAGAGGCGGUGAAUUCACUAGAAAAGGGCGACCGGAAGGCAGAGAAAGCCCAAGAGGAUGUAUCCAAGAACCUGGUAUUGAUUAAAAACAUGUUAUAUGGUACUUCAGAAUCAGAGCCCCAGACAGACAUUAUUGUGGCCCAGUUGGCUCAAGAGUUGUAUAACAGUAACUUACUGCUGAUGUUAAUUCAGAACCUAAAUCGUAUUGACUUUGAGGGCAAGAAAGAUGUGGCACAAGUGUUUAAUAACAUUCUAAGGAGGCAAAUCGGCACCAGGUGUCCCACAGUUGAAUAUAUUUGUACCAAAUCAGAAAUAUUAUUUACACUCAUGAGUGGGUAUGAGCACCAAGAAAUUGCAUUAAACUGUGGUACAAUGUUACGAGAAUGUGCAAGAUAUGAAGCCCUAGCAAAGAUAAUGUUAUAUUCAGAGGACUUUUAUAACUUUUUCCGGUACGUUGAAGUGUCCACGUUCGAUAUCGCUUCGGAUGCAUUUUCCACUUUUAAGGAACUUCUGACUAGGCACAAAAUCCUGAGUGCCGACUUUUUAGAAGUAAACUAUGACAAAGUGUUUAGCCAUUACCAGAGACUGUUGAAUUCUGAAAAUUAUGUUACGAGGCGUCAAAGCCUUAAGUUGCUCGGAGAGCUGCUUUUAGAUAGGCAUAAUUUUACUGUCAUGACUAGGUAUAUUUCCAAUCCAGAAAAUUUAAAACUCAUGAUGAAUAUGUUAAAGGAGAGAUCUAGAAAUAUCCAGUUUGAGGCCUUCCAUGUUUUUAAGGUAUUUGUAGCAAAUCCAAACAAGCCAAAACCAAUAUUGGAUAUUCUGUUAAGGAACCAGGACAAAUUGGUUGAAUUUUUAAUGAAGUUCCAUACGGAUCGAGCUGAAGAUGAGCAGUUUAACGACGAGAAAGCGUAUCUUAUUAGGCAAAUUAAAGAGCUUAAACCAUUACCUGGACAUUAAAGCACCUUCUUAUUGUUCUUGUAAUUUUUUUAUUCCUAUUGUAAUAAUUAUUACUGUUGCUAGAUUUGAUUAUUAAUUAUGAGACAAAUAUUGAUUAAUGAGAUAUUUAAUCCAUGUUUGUUGACUUAUAGAAAAUACAAUAUGUAUAGCGACUCCUCGGCUUGAGUAUACUUUAUUGAUAAUAUUAUGAUUUAGAACGAUCAAAAUAUAGAUAGUUUAGUAUAUUAUUUCGCUAUAGCAAGAGACACUUUUACUUUUAAAUCAAAAUUGUUUAAUCUAAUUAAAUCUAUAAAAUAUACGGAUUCGGGCGGUGACGAGUAAACUACUGCCUUUAUUUAAGCCUAAGUUGUAAAGUCUGCUUUUUAAUUCGAACUAGUUGGCCAAUUCAAGUAUAAAUUUUAUUUAUUAUAAUUUACAAGUAUUGAUAAUAAAGUUCACUGUAUUAUUUA